AUGGGGUGCGACUGCUGUCCGCGCCCUGACCCAGCUCCGGCUCCCGAGCCCGUGGUCACACAGGCUCCGGUUCAAGUCGAAGACAACGCCAGCUGCCAGGAUUCUUGCUGCGAUGAUGGAGAAUCCGAGACGAGCCAGGGGAAUGCCGUCCCUCAAGAGGCGGAUGAUUGCUGUGCUUCUGGUAGCUGCGCGGAUGAAAAGCCCAAUGACGACUCCGACGCGCCGGAUUGCUGCCGCGGCAAAAUCUCCCCCUGCUGUGAUGCAUCUUGCCUUGACCGCAUCGCCAUGCGGGAGUGUAAGAUGAGUGCUGCCGGUCUAACUGGCCAAUCCAAGGGUGACUCCGGUUGCAAUGGAGCAACCGACGGCAAGGCAUGCGGCCAGCAUAGUCUCUCUGCCCUUGAUCGCUACGGCGCGACUCUCCAGGCCCUCGGAUGUCUCUGCCGCGCUCUCAUCGCCCUCGGUCAAGAGUCUUGCUGCGAGACCCGUGACCGCCCAUCGGUCGGUACCAAGUCGUGCCCCAAGAAGUCGUCGACUCGCUCUCUUAUCCGUACUUCGGUCGACUCCUGCUGCAGCACCGGCAGCGUCACCAAGGACCAGGCUGCGCAGAACCGUCUUCGCUUGCGAAAGAGCUCUGACAGCUGCAAGUCCGUCAAAAAGUCUCAGCUGGGUGCUUGCGCUGGCUCCUGUUGCUCCAAGGACAAACCAAUCAAGACCCUACCCGCCUGUGCUGAUGCUUGUUGCAAGCCGCCAAGCAAAGAUAUCGUCUCUUCGAAGGCUAGCUGUGCCGAUUCUUGUUGUGAGAUAAAGCAACCUGACAGGCCCCGUGGCUCUUGCGAGGAUGACUGUUGCGCCUCUGGUCCGCUUGAUGCUUCUAUGCAGAUUGAGAAGGCCCCGAUCCAAACCAUCAAGGAUGUCGAGAAUCAGGCAGCCGGGAAAGAACAUGUUGUUCUCAGUAUCUCCGGUAUGACCUGCACUGGUUGCGAGACCAAGCUCAACCGGACUCUCGCAACUGUCCCCGCCGUCAAGGACCUCAAGACGAGCCUUGUUCUUUCUCGCGCCGAGUUCAACCUUGAACUCCGUCUGGGCUCAGUUGAAGAAGUUAUCAAGCACCUGGAACGAACCACCGAGUUCAAGUGCGAGAGAGUCCAGAACAACGGUUCCAGCCUUGAUCUCAUUGUGCCUGGUAAUGCCUCCAAGUUCAUGAGCCAGACCUGGCCAGAAGGUGUGCUUGAGAUGACUCUUGUGGACAAAGAAACGGUCCGAGUUGCAUUUGAUCCCAAGGUCGUUGGAGCUCGAGACCUAGCCGAGAAUAUUUGGGGGCCUCCCAUCAAACUUGCCCCUCCUCAUGGUGACCUUUCUCUCGAGGCUGGCAGUAAGCACGUUCGUCAUGUCGGAUACAUGACGCUUCUCUCUGCCAUCUUGACGAUUCCUGUUCUUGUCCUGGCCUGGGCUCCAAUUCCCGAAAGAGAAGUGGCUUACUCCUCGGCUUCGCUGGCUUUAGCCACCAUUGUCCAAUUCGUCGUCGCCGGUCCUUUCUAUCCCAAGGCGAUCAAGGCUCUCGUUUUCUCGAGGGUUAUUGAAAUGGAUUUGUUGAUCGUUCUAAGCACGAGCGCCGCCUAUGUCUUCUCUGUGGUCUCCUUCGGCUACCUCAUCGCCGGAAAUCCACUGUCGACCGGUCAAUUCUUUGAGACGAGCACUCUCCUUGUGACUCUGAUUAUGGUUGGCCGAUGGGUUGCGGCUCUUGCUCGCCAGAGGGCUGUCGAGUCCAUCUCGAUUCGUUCGCUCCAGGCUUCUACUGCUAUCCUCGUUGAUGAAAAGACAAAGACGGAGCGUGAGAUUGACGCCCGACUUCUCCAGCAUGGUGAUGUCUUCAAAGUCCUCCCAGACUCUAGAAUUCCUACCGAUGGAACAGUCAUCACAGGUUCCUCAGAAGUCGACGAGUCGAUGCUCACGGGCGAAUCCCGACCUGUUGAAAAGUACCCCAAGUCUGUGGUAAUUGCUGGGUCCAUCAAUGGGUCUGGAGUCAUGACUGUUCGUCUCAAUCGCCUACCUAACGACAAUACCAUUAAUGCCAUUGCCGCCAUGGUUGACGAAGCGAAGCUUUCAAAGCCCAAACUACAGGACCUAGCAGACCAGGUUGCCUCCUACUUUGUCCCCGUGGUGGUGGCUUUGACAAUAAUCACCUUUGUCAUCUGGGUUGCGAUUGGUAUGACUGUUCGUGGCCAUAACGGCUCCGAGGCUACCAUCCAGGCCAUCACUUAUGCCAUCACCGUUCUCAUUGUGUCCUGCCCCUGCGCAAUUGGACUGGCAGUUCCUAUGGUCAUCGUCAUUGCUAGCGGGGUUGCAGCUGAGAAAGGCAUCAUAUUCAAGUCUGCGGAUGCUAUCGAAGUCGCCCACAAGACGUCGCAUGUUGUGUUUGACAAGACGGGAACUUUGACUCAAGGAAAGCUCUCAGUCGUUGCACAGGACUGCCUUGACGAGGACGCCGUUGGACCUCUCUUGGGUCUCAUCGAAAACAGUCGACACCCCGUCUCGGUUGCUGUUACUGCUCACCUCAAGGACAUGGGUGUCAAGGCUUGGACUGUACCUGAACCCAAGAGUCUGACUGGAAAGGGUGUUGAAACAACUUUGAAGGGGCAGAAGCUCCGGGCUGGAAAUUCUCGCUGGUUGGAGCUCUCAAACCAUGACCUUGUUCUGCCGAUGCUAGCUCAGGGCUAUACCGUCUUUUGCUUCACCAUUGACAACGAGUUGAAGGCUAUUUAUGGCCUUGAAGAUGAACUCCGGUCUGAUGCUGCAUCCACUGUCGAUGCCUUGCAGAAGCGUGGUGUCUCGGUCCACAUGGUUUCUGGCGAUGACGACGGAGCUGUCCAGGCUCUGGCAUCCAAGCUGGGCAUUGCUAGUGACAACGUUCGCUCUCGAAGCUCGCCCGCCGACAAGAAGGACUAUAUCCAGACUCUUCUGGGUAACGAGGCUGAUCGAAAGAAGCCUGUCGUCGUUUUCUGCGGCGAUGGUACAAACGACGCUGUUGCUCUGACCCAAGCCACCAUUGGCGUGCACAUGAACGAGGGUACUGAUGUUGCGCAGUCUGCUGCUGAUGUCGUUCUCAUGCGUCCAUCCCUGGCUGGGAUCCUGACCAUGAUGAAUGCCAGCCGAAAGUCGGUCAACCGCAUCAAGUUCAACUUCUUGUGGAGCUUCGUGUACAACACCUUUGCUGUCCUCUUGGCUGCUGGGGCGUUUGUCAAUGCGAGGAUUCCACCCGAGUUUGCUGGUCUUGGCGAGUUGGUGAGCGUGCUGCCAGUCAUUGCGGCUGCGGUGCUCCUGCGCUGGUCGAAGAUUUAG